AUGGCUAAAACAUCUGGAGCAAUAGGGAUAGAUUUAGGAACAACAUAUUCAUGUGUUGCAAUAUGGCAAAAUGACCGUGUUGAAAUCAUUGCUAACGAUCAAGGAAAUCGUACUACUCCUUCUCAUGUUGCUUUUACUGAUACAGAACGUAUGAUUGGUGAUCCUGCUAAGAAUCAGGUUGCUUUAAAUCCUACCAACUCCAUUUUUGAUGUGAAACGGUUAAUUGGGAGGAAAAUCAAUGAUGACUCUGUUCAGAGUGAUAUGAAGCUAUGGCCCUUCAAAGUCAUCGCUGGGGUAGACGAGAAGCCCAUGAUCGAAGUCAAAUACAAGGGCAAGGAAAAAAUGUUUUCAGCUGAGGAAAUAUCAUCCAUGGUUCUCAUUAAGAUGAGAGAAAUUGCGGAAGAUUAUCUUGGUCCAUGUGUCAGGGAUGCUGUUGUUACAGUCCCUGCUUACUUUAACGAUUCUCAGCGUCAAGCUACUAAGGAUGCUGGAACCAUUGCUGGCCUUAAUGUGCUGAAAAUCCUGAAUGAACCAACCGCAGCUGGAAUUGCUUACGAUCUUGAUAAGAAGGCGACCAGUUCUGGUGUAAACAAUGUUCUCAUCUUUGAUCUAGGCGGUGGGACCAUAGAUGUUUCCAUACUCACCAUUAAUGGAGGUACCUUUGAAGUCAAGGCUACAGCUGGAAAUACACAUCUAGGAGGAGAGGAUUUUGAUAACAGAAUGGUGAAUCACUUUGUGCAAGAGUUCAAUAAGAUAUACAAAAAGGACGUCAGUGGAAACCCAAAGGCUCUUAGGAGGUUGAGAACGUCAUGUGAGAGGGCAAAAAGAACCCUCUCAUCUACUGCUAGGACUUCCAUUGUCGAGGAUUCUUUGCAUGAAGGAUUCGAUUUUAAUAUGUCCAUUACUCGUGCUAAAUUCGAAGAGUUGAACAUGGAUUUGUUCAAGAAAUGUAUGGAACCUGUUGAGAAGUGUUUAACGGUUGCUAAGAUAGACAAGAACAUGGUUAAUGAAGUUGUUCUUGUUGGAGGGUCCACUAGAAUUCCCAAAGUGCAGUCUCUAUUGCAGGAUUUAUUUAAUGGGAAAGAACUCUGCAAGAGCAUCAACCCUGAUGAGGCUGUGGCUUAUGGUGCUGCCGUGCAAGCUGCUGUUUUGAAUGGUGAGGGUAAUGAGAAGGUGAAGGGCUUGGUGUUGUUGGAUGUCACCCCUCUUUCUCUUGGUAUUGAGAUAUAUGGAGGUGCUAUGAAUGUGGUUAUCCCCAGGAACACAAUUAUUCCCAUCAAGAAGGAAAAAGUUUACCCUACAGGCAGGGACAAUCAACACACCGUGGCCUUUAAAGUGUAUGCAGGUGAGAGAACUAGAGCCAGUGGCAAUAACUUGUUGGGUGAGUUCUUCUUAAGAGGAAUUCCUCCGGCUCCUCGCGGUGCUAUUGAGUUCACAGUAUGCUUUGAUAUCGAUGUGAAUGGUAUACUAAAUGUGUCCGCCGAAGAGAAGACAACAGGGAACAAAAAUACGAUCACGAAUAACAAAGGGAGGUUGUCUAAUGCUGAGAUUCAGAGGUUGGUUCGAGAGGCUGAGAUAUACAAGUUAGAAGAUGAAGAACACAAGAGGAAGGUGGAGUCUAGGAAUUUGUUCGAAAAUUAUGCAUACAACAUGAAGGACACUAUCAAUAGUACCGACUGGACGCUGGCACAAGUUGAUAAACAAAAGAUCGAGGACGCAGUCAACAAUGCCAUUGAGUGGUUGGGCAUUAACGAACUAGCCGACAUAGAAUAUAUCAAUGACAAGAUGAAGGACUUGGAGAUUGUUUGCAACCCUAUAAUUACUAAGAUGCACUAG